AUGAAACAACCGUUAAAGGAAGCUUGUCAAUUGAAAACAGCUAAUCCCAGUGUAAGCAUGGAAGAAGCUGUUCUUUUUGUUGAUUGUUAUGUAAAAAAAGAGGAUAAAAAGGCUGAAUCUGGCAGAUUGAUCGUAACACCAAGCGACAUUCGGUUCCACAGUAACGAUGUGUCUGCAAGCGAAAAUAACUUCGUUCUACCGUUAAAUACAAUUACUUGUGUUAAAUGUACAGGAGACGAAGCAUUGAACAAGCCUCAAAAUACUAUAUCAAUUUCAGCAUAUACUAAUGAUAAAGAAGAUUUUGCAGUAUACAUUUUUCUGGAAGACUCAGGAUUGGAGGAGGCUAAAUCGCUUGUAGUUAAGUUAAAUCAUAUUAUACAUGAUUCAAAAAGCCACAAUCAUCUGCCUGUUGAAGAAUUAUCCCAAGAAUUACGCGACCUGCCUGCACCCACAUCUAAUGGCUACAAGGCAUUAGUUAACCGAGCAGACUCUGAACUUCAAAAGCGACUAUUUGACGACAAAAUACUUAGUCAGCAAGCUGAUGAACUAGAAGCAAACAAUCCCACAACCACAUUAGCGAAACAAGCAUUAAAUUCAUAUGGAUCGUUUAAACCAGAUCCGGACACACUGCCAGCCGAUAUUCCUACUCCAGACCGCCCAGUUAAUUGUAACUGUGACGAUCAUCUUGACCGACAAGAAGUCCAACUUCAUUUACCGAUAUCCGCCAAGCGUUGCUUUGAGCUUAUGUUUUCGGAUGUAGAAACAGCAUCCCUUGUUACGAACUCUGUUUGGGAAGACAAAACUACUGCUAUUGAAGGCCACGAUUUGUCUAUUUCAAAAUGGGAAACUAUUGAAGGGGGAAGGGUUCAGCGAAUCUUGAAAUACUGGAUGCCCGUAGCGAAUCCGAUUGUCCGUAUGAAGGAAGCGGAAGUGGUAGAGACACAGAUGUUAAUCAACAAAAAGGAUUAUAUCUGCUAUACCGUUCAAAUCUCAACUAAAACUGCCGCAUUACCAUAUGCUGAAGCAUUUAUACCCUCUGUUAGAUAUUGCAUCACAUGGGUUAGUGAAUCAGAAUGUAAACUAACGUGCUAUUUAGGUGUCCGGUGGGUAAAGAACGUUCUCGUAAAAGCAAUUGUCACUAGGGCUGCUCUUAAGGGGAUGUCAGACAGUGUACACAUUUUUACUACCAUUAUAAAUGAUGCUGCAAAGAGGGUUAAAGCAUCUGUUGAUGAGCUUCGCCUCCAAAACAUGGAAUAUAAUCAAAAUCUUCAAAACAAAUUGUCAGAUGGUGAUAAGCAACAGGAUGAUCUUCAGUAUACAAGCUAUUCAUCCCAAUUCGAUUUGAAGAGAAGUUCAGCAAUUCUCAUUCAAAAUCAAUUGAAAGACGCGCAGUUGGAAGGAACAUAUGGCAAGGACAAGACUCAUGACGUUCCAACUCAAAAAAACGAUCAGAAAAAAGAAAUGAUUAUGGCUACUGCUAAUGUGCAUUCAACAAAUCAGACAGCUGCCAGUUAUACAGUGCAAAGGUUUCAACCUAAAGAGAAAAGCACGUUGACACUGAAUGACAUUAAAAAUGCUCAACUGAAUGAGAGCAAUAUAAAUAGAAACUCAAAAGUUAAAGAUGGCGAUAACAAAAGGAUAAAUGUUAAGUAUGAUGAUAUGGUCGAAAGACAAGAAUAUAGACUAUCGUGUCGACGCAGUCAACUUAAAACCAGGAGCAGUAGUAAUAUAUGUCUGGCGCGAUUCCUUACGGUGAUUGUUUUGAUUAUAUUAACAUCGUACAUGACAUUUUUAUGGACAAAAUGGAGUUAUACAGUAGUUGAGGACCCGGCUAAAAUAAAAUCUACGACCAACGCAAGGAUCCAUAUAGAUAAAGUGUGCCAACCGCAUCUUGUGUAUUUGCAAGAUAUAAAAGAGGGUUUAAUGACCAAAGAUGGAAACAGACGUUUCUAUAUUGAUAGCAUCAGCCACAAAAGCUUUCUGCAGUUUCAGAAGGCGAAAAUAAUUGUUUCAGAAGAAGCUUAUGCGCCAUCUUCUGCUAGGAGCUUCCAAUGGUUUUCGGAUACUCACCGUAAAUUGUCAACGGAGCUAAAUGCAAGGCAGGAAACAAUUGCAAUGUUACGUUACAACGCAUUGGCUCUCUUACGUACCUUGAAUAGGCUGGAAUUGGAUUCAUUUGAAGCAGAAUACGCAAACUGGUUAUUAGAUAUGCGAUUACAAUGCAAGUACUCUUUUGUAGUGAAAAAUAUUCAAGAACAGCGUAACGCAAUAUUAUGUGAGGAUAUAGACCGACAAAUACAAAUGAUGUUUGAGUCAUAA